AUGUCUGUUAAAAGUCAAGUUCCCCAAGGCUCUGUCCUUUCAGCGUUACUCUUUAUUAUAUAUGUCAACGAUAUCCCUGAAUUAAUCAAAUCAAAAGCUUCUCGUUUUGCUGAUGAUACCAAAAUCUUCCGAUCUAUUGAAAGUACCAAAACUGCGCAAGAAAUACAAAAUGACAUUGACGCUCUUGUUUUAUGGUCUCAAAAAUGGGGAAUGAAAUUUAACAUUGAUAAAUGUUCUGUAAUACCCUUGGGACACAACAACAAGUCCCAUACUUAUAAUAUGCAUAAUCCAAAACAAAAUAUAAGAGUAAACAUUAAACCCACAAAUUGCGAACGAGAUUUAGGCGUUCACAUAGAUUCAAACUUAUUAUUUUCAAAACAAACAAUUAUUCAAGUUAACAAAGCAACACAAAUAAUAGGAAUAAUAAAAAGAGCAUUUACAUUUUAUCCAGAAUUAUCAUCCUUCAAAAAACUAUUUACAGCCCUAGUUCGCCCUCACAUAGAAUACUGUGGAAAAGUUUGUAACCCUGUACUUCACAAAAACAAAUUAGAAAACGUUUUAAGAAGAGCUUCAAAAAGAAUUAAAGGGUUAUAUGAUCUACCAUAUAAACAAAGGUUAUUGGCGCUAAAUAUGACAACUAUUAAAUAUAGGCUACGUCGCGCAGAUCUAAUUAACGUUUAUAAAUGGUGCAAAGAAAACAAUGGUAAUAGAAAUCUGUUUGAAAUUGAUUGCCAAUUUAUUACUCGUGGUCAUAUCUAUAAACUAAAAAAACAUUCUUCCCAAUUAAAUUUACGCAUUAACUUUUUCUCGCUAAGAAUCGUACCGCUUUAUCACUAA